UACAUAUAUAUAAUCCAUCUUUUAGGACAGAACACACCGAAAGCUCCGCAAACCCACUAAAAACAAAAGAAGGCGGCGCUAAAGAAAUCAAAAAUGCAACCAGAGAGCUCAGAUCAGAUGAUGUAUUCGCUCCUCACCGGAAACCAAAUCUCCGGUGGAGGAUUCUGCCUUUCCGAGGACUACAUGUCGACUAUGCCGUCCUUAUGCGGGUCGUCUUCCUCCACGUCAUCUUAUUACCCACUAGCUAUCUCCGGCAUAGGAGAAAGGCUUGCUCAAGACAGAGCUAUUGCUGCUUUGAGGAAUCACAAAGAAGCUGAGCGAAGAAGAAGAGAGAGAAUCAGUUCCCAUCUUAACAAGCUACGUAACGUACUCUCUUGUAAUUACAAGACAGAUAAAGCCACGCUCCUCGCCAAAGUGGUUCAACGAGUCAAAGAACUUAAACAACAAACCCUAGAGAUUUCAGACGCCGACCAAACUCUUUUACCCUCAGAGACCGACGAGAUUAGCGUUCUACACUAUGGAGACUAUUCAAAUGAAGGCCAUAUAAUCUUCAAAGUAUCUUUAUGUAGUGACGAUAGAUCAGAUCUCUUGUCUGAUCUCAUGGAGAUACUUAAGUCUCUUCAUAUGAAGACUCUUCGAGCUGAGAUGGUAACUCUUGGUGGUCGGACAAGAACUGUUCUUGUUGUGGCUGCAGACAAAGAGAUGCACGGAGUCGAGUCUGUGCAUUUCUUACAGAACGCUCUCAAGUCCCUGCUCGAGCGGUCAAGCAAGUCGUUGAUGGAACGUAGUUCAGAUGCUGGUGGAGGAGAAUUGUCAAAACGACGCCGUGCACUGGAUCACAGCAUAAUGGUGUGCAGGGCCGGAUCUGAGAUCACGGGGGCUUGAAACAUUUCUUUAAGAAUUUCUAUAAAAAAAAAAAUUUUCACAAUUUAGGGACUUAUCUCUAUGUGAAAACCUUCUAAAUUUUUUGGGAGCCGAGGCCAAAGCUUUACCGGCCUAUAUCCAGAUCCGGCCCUGAUGGUGUGAGAGGAUGGUGAGAGUACACUAAAACGUCUUUAAUUAAGUUACAUACAGGGCCUGAUUAUAAUUAACUUGGUUAUAAUUACCAAAGCUUUUUUCAUGGUUCCUACUUUAUAAUGUUCUAUUGUUUUUAGUUAUGACUCGUGGGAGUGUAAGCAACUAUUGUAAGUAGCUUUGGUGUGUUCUCUUUCUUUUCUUUUUUAACAAAAUAAUAAUAUUAAUAUAUAAACAAAAU